AUCUGCGUAUGUUUUCUUCCUAAACAGCACAGCUUCCUAUUACCAUGGACAAACAGUCUACAGUGGUGUUUCGAAAUGUCGGGCAACUGUACUUCCCCCAAACCAGAGUGGAGUGUCACUACACUCUGACCCCUGACCAUCAGUGGAGCAGCAGUGACUGGAUAGGGAUUUUUGAGGUAGGCUGGUCUUCUGUGAAACAGUAUUACACAUAUACGUGGGCUCUAGUUCCUGAAGGCUACACCGAGGGAACCAGUGUCAACUCCUGCGCAGUUUUCCACUCAUCCUACCUGCCCCGCCCCAGUCAUGUGGAGUAUGAGUUUGUAUAUGUGGAUAAGAUGGGAGAGGUGUGUGCACGUAGUCGCCCCUUCACUUUCUGUGCUCCAAAACCACUGGACGAGCUGGAGACUCUGAGUGAGGAACGAGAUGAGGAGGACGGAGAGGAGGAGUUGCUCCUAGUCAUCCCCAGGGCUCAGCUGCUGCAGAGUCGACUGGAGGAAUGCUUCAAAAAGCAGGCGCACAUACAGCAGGCUCUAGACGUAACGAAAAAGGAGACAGAGAAUGAGAAAGAGAACAGCAGAAAAGCACAGAUGGAGUGGCAGUGCGAAAGAGAAGCUAUGAAGGAGGAGAUCUCCGAGCUUAGAGACAACUUGAGACACAACUGUGAGAUGCUGAAGAAAAUUGAGGGAAAACACAAGAAUGUGAAAUAUAGUCAGGAAAACCUGACCUCUGAACUGAGCAAACUUAUGGCUGAAAAAGCAGAGAGUCAGCAGCGAAUCAAAGACCUGGAGGAGGACAUCAAGGUCCUGAAUGACCGAGAGAAAGAGGGAAACAUGGAACUGGAAAGGCUGAAGGAGAGAGUGAAGAAAAUGUCCAGUCAAAUGAAACACGAUGAGGAAAAGAGAAAGACUCUGCAGGUGGAGAAUGAGGCUGCUCUGGCGGAGGCACUAGGGCUGCAGGAACGUCUGGAGGCCAGUGAGCGUGUAGUCGAGAGCCUGCGUAGGGAGCUGAGGGAGCUGGGCACCCGUCAGGGCCAUGUCCUCACUGAGCUGCACCAAGCCCGGCUGCAGGUGGCCCAGCUCACCCUGCAGCUCUCUGAGGAGAACCUGGCCCUCAGGGAGGAGCACGCCAACUGGGCCCUGGAAAGAGAAGCAUGCAAACAGGCAGCAGAAACCGAUAAAAAGAAAUUACAAGAACUGAGCUGCGAGGUGCAGAGGAAGGAAGAGUGGCUCCAGGAGGAGAGGAUAGAGAGGCAGAAACUAGAAGUAGAGCUUGGGCGAGAGAGAGAUUGCAAUAGAGUGCUGCUGGGUGAUACUAAGCGAGAGCUGCAGGAGCUGAAGGCCAACCUGAGGAAAGCCCAGGCAGAGAGAGAGGAGCAGCAGAUGGACAAACAGGACCUGGUGAACUACAUUUGUCAGUUGGAGCAGAGGUUGGGGAUUGUGCCAGACACUAAAUCGAAUGGAGAAAUUCCCACAUGUAUCUCUCCCCAUUCUUCCUCUGAGGAUGACAAGGAUACUUCCCCAGCUGAGACGCACAUCCAGAGCAAAGAGGACAUGCCAGCCUCUGACACACAGGAUGUGAGGAGGCAGCACUGUGAGAACCGAGCUGGUGCAGGGAAGCAACUGAUCCUACCAGAACUCGUCAACCCCGUGCUGAGUGAGCUAGCAGACUCUCCCAUGUGGUAA